UUCAAGGACACCACCUCGAUCCGAGACAUGCUGGCUCAGGUAGCUAUGGGCGUAUUUGGGCUCGCAGCCGUGUGGGCUGUGGCGCUGCGCAUCGUGUUCGGCCCGGGCGAGGAGGAGGCAAAGGAGCGUAUGGACGUGCGUCCACUGAGCCUCGAGCUGGCGCUUCUCAAGCAAUUCCAUCGGGAUGUCGAGUACGUUCAACGGAACGGUCGCAGGCUGUACACGCAAUGGUGGACACCGUCUACGCCGACGCCGAAGGGCGUGGUGCUUCUAAUGCAUGGCAUGAACGGCCACAGCGGUCGUUUGACUCCGUUUUUCGACACCCUUCUUCGCGACGGGUGGAUUCCAGCUGCGUACGACACGCACGGAUUUGGUCGAAGUUCCGGGCGGCACGGCCACGUCACGUCGAUCUCCGACCUGGCCGACGACGCGAUUUUCGUGGUUCGACACUUUAAAGAACGAUUCCCGAACGCUCCAUUCUUCCUCGUUGGCGGCUCGAUGGGUGGUUUGACCGCCGUGCACGUCGCGUUGAAGUUACAAGCACAAGGCGCAUCCAAUCUCUUGUCAGGAGUGAUCUUUCAUGCACCAGCGCUGCAUGUUGCCGCCGACGUCCGCCCGCCUGCGCAGGUUGAGUUUGUUGGACGGUUGUUGGUCCAGCUGGCGCCGAAACUUCCGCUGUUGCCGUCCGUGGAUGCACCACCGCCUGCGAACGGUCCAGCGCAGGUUAUUCCUGAGGAGGAAGAUGCUUUGUUUUACGAUGGGCGCCUUCGGUUGGGCACGGGACUGGCGGUGCUUGCCGGCAUCGGCCAAGUGGCAUCGCAGCUCAACAAAGUGGCAUUGCCUCUCUUGGUGCAGCAUGGCGAAUCCGACUUGGUCGUCCCCCACGACGCGUACGUAUAGCGUGUGCAAUGCUCCCUCAUCCAUUUGCCCAUGCUACCGUAGGUCAUGUCACUUCGUCCAUGUUGCCGCGUCCAAGGACAAAACCUUGAAGUUAUACCCUGGCGGUGGGCACUUGCUGUGGGCCGAGUCCGAAGCUGUGUCUGGACCCUUCUUGCGAGACAUGCUGGCAUGGGUGAAUGCACGUGUGUAGCGCGUGAAGGUCAGCGUGCUGCUCGUCUUGAAUGCGCAUGUGGCUCGGUGGAUCGUCGGGGUUUCGGGGUUGUGGCAAUGUUUUCGAUUGGUUGAAAACAAUUCGUUGAGCCAAUCAAAGUGAACGUAUGAAUGGAUUUCAAAAUCAUGGAGCCAGUCAAUUGUCAGGA